AUUCUGAUUCUCUCUAGUCUCGCUUCAGGUUCAAUGAUGUGUUCAAGCGUAUCUUCAACAACUCUUCGAAGCUGGAGAGAACGUACUCCUAAUUCUUACUCACUCAAGCUCCAAAACAUCUCCCAAGUCGAGAAAUCAACUCUCUUCUCUGAUGGCAAGUAUCAAUCCCGUCUUUUCUCCUCUGGUGGAUACAACUGGAGAAUGAUCAUAUACCCGAAAGGGAAUCGCAAAGACGAUGGAAGUGGGUUUAUUUCAAUGUAUGUUGAAAUAGAUAGCACAAGCCUUUUGACUACACCUACCACUGAGGUGUUUGCCGAUCUACGGUUUUUCGUAUUUAACAAAAAAGAAAAUAAGUACUAUACUAUUCAACAUGUAGAGUCGAAGCUAUUCAAUGCAUUCAGAACAAUAUGGGGAUUGGCGCAAGUGCUUCCAGUUGAUACAUUCACUGAUCCUAAAAACGGAUAUAUUUUUGAGGGAGAUCAAUGCGAGUUUGGUGUUGAUGUCAUUGUUGCUGCACCUCCUACUAAUUGGGAAAUUCACACUUUACAUGAAGCACUAAGUCAACCCAAGUUCUUUUGGACGGUCAAGAAUUUCUCUGAGCUGAACAAUAAUGUUUACACAUCAGGCAAUUUUUCGAUGAGAGAAAGGAAAUGGGUUCUAAAGUUGUAUCCCAAGGGGGACGUAAAAGGAGACCGAAAAUGGUUAUCCCUUUAUCUAUAUCUCGAUCAAAGUGAAACACUAAAGGAAAGUGAAAAGAUUUUCGUGCAAGCUCAAUUGCGAGUUUUAGACCCACGUGGAUCCAAUCACGUGACACACAAAAUUUCGUCUUGGUACACCAGCUCAAAUACGGCUUGGGGAUACAGAAAAUUUGUGUCUCUAGCUGAAAUUCCUAAAGCUUACUUGGACAAGGACACUUUAAAAGUGCAGAUUGAUGUUGAAGUUGUUUCUGAAGCAGAAUUCUCUCCUUCCAUGAUUUAA